AUGCGGAUUGCGUUUGCGGCGGUUGCUUUCGUUCUUUUCGCCUUGCCACGUGGGUUUAUCCGAAAAAGCACGUUGUUCUAAACGUUUCUCUCAAUUCAGAAGCUCAAGGUGACCUUUGUCCGAAGGGCUGGACCUUCAGCAAUACAACGAGCAAUUGCUACCUAUUUUCUCCGAAUGCCUACACUUUCAGCGACGCCGAGAGCUUCUGUGAGAGCCAAGGCGGCACUCUGAGCAGCGUCAGAACUUCCUACGAGUUGACUGUUCUCGCAAGUCGGAAAUCAUGAUAGAGAACCGCAUAAAUCGAGAAAAUCGCAGACGUAUCCUCAAACUCGUUGAUGCAGCCAUGGGUUGGUGUCCAAUACAACGGAUCGCAAUGGGUCAACUUGGAUGGAACUAGUUUCUUUUCGUUCUACUGGGCUUCGGGUAGGAGAAUUCAUUUUCGGAAAAUUUAUUUUGAAAAAAAAAAAAUCAUUUUUCAGGUCAGCCGAAAAUGAACACCUGCGCCGCAUUGAAGACUGUGAAGAACGACCUCGGACUCGUCUCCAUCCCUUGCUACAGCGUCCAACCAGUUCUUUGCAAGCAGCUCGCUUCUGUGUGAGCUUUCAUUCUCCUAUUUCUGACGAGUCCGGCCACUCCAUCUUUUGUAAUGAACAUAUUUUUUCAGAUGUAAUGGUGGAAACUAUGGUGGUUUCCGAGUGAGAAACGGAACUGUCAACAGUCCAAACUACCCCAACUACUACUACAACAACUUGGACUGCUACUAUUCAAUUCAAGGUGAAGUAUUUCAACUUUUCCAUUUUCUAAAUUUGUUUCAGGACCGAAUAACUCGUAUCUUUCCAUCACAUUUGAUCCAUAUUUUGUCGAAGACACUUUCGAUUAUGUGAAGAUUUAUGAAGGCUUCAGCAACAACACAGCCAAUCUGAUUGGGACGUUAGUUCAUUUUCGAAAUUGAAGAGUAUUCAAAGACUCCUUUGAAGUAUUAACCACAUGAAUGGCACAAAAAAGACUUUCGAAACGUUUUCGAACCAAAUGCUGCUCUACUUCCACACGGACACGACCGCUGUCAGAGCCGGUUGGCAAGCGAAAUGGACUUCUUGGUUGGUUUCAAUUCCUUUGAAAGAAGCAGAAAGAAUUUUAGGUCUUUGCUCCCCUCUAUCAACCAGACUGGCGAUGGAGGAACUCUCACUUCAGUCAACUAUCCCUCCAACUACAAUCCUCUUUCAGAACAAGCUUAUUUCAUAUCAACUUUUCCGGGUUUCAAGGCAAGUUGUUUUCAGGAUUUUUAUUCCUGAUCCUUUUUUUUAAGAUUCGGGCGGUUAUAAGUGCCUUCAACACGGAGUCUAACUAUGACUAUCUCCAGGUGUUUGCAUCAAACAGUUUUGCCCCUUCUACCCUUGUGGCUAGGUUCUCGAAAAGAAAAUCGUGGAAAGGAAAUCAAAAUUUCAGCUUGAACGGCACCUCCGUGGCCCCUUGGUCGUACGUUUCCCCGUCAAACUUUUUGACCCUGCGCUUCAUAACCGACGGCUCCAUCGAAUACACGGGCUGGAAGCUGGAUUGGGCAGUCGUGGAGUCUUGA